GUGCAAUCCAAAGCACAGUGUCCACACUCUAAUCGCCUAUCACAUUGUGCUCAAUUCGCCAUUACCAAAACAGCAACGAGAAAAAAAAAAAAAAAAAGGUGUCAAAAGCUUCAUGAAAGAGUACUGCAAGUUAUGGAUACCCUUUGCCAUUUUCUUGAUUGUAAUACAGACCGUUCUGCCUGAAAAGCACAUACCCACUACCUUGGAAGGCCCAUUCGAGCCUGUAACUCGCCGCUUCGACCCGUCCUUGCGACGGGGCAGUGACGACUUGCCAAUGGACCAUCCCAGGCUCAAGAAGAACGUCACCGCCGUCUUCCCGGAGCAGAUAGCCCUCGCCAUUUCUUCACCGACUUCAAUGUGGGUUUCUUGGAUUACUGGUGAUGCCCAGAUUGGUUUAAACGUAACUCCGCUUGAUCCGGCGACGGUGGCCAGCGAGGUGUGGUGCGGGAAAGAGAGUGGGAAGUAUUCAAUUAAGGGGAGGGGGGUUUCAAUUGUUUACAGUCAGUUGUACCCAUUUGUGGGCCUCUGGAACUAUACUUCCGGCAUUAUUCACCAUGUGCGGCUGGAUGAUCUUGAACCUGGGACAAAAUAUUAUUACAAGUGCGGUGAUAGUUCUUUUCCAGCUAUGAGUGAAGAGCAUGUUUUUGAAACCUUGCCAUUGCCUGGCCCAAAUGCUUAUCCUCGUCGAAUAGCAGUUGUUGGUGAUUUGGGCCUCACAAGAAACUCAACAACAACCAUUGAUCAUCUAAUUAGAAAUGAUCCUUCAAUGAUUUUAAUGGUUGGUGACCUGACUUAUGCAAAUCAAUAUCGCACAACUGGUGGGAAAGGAGCUCCAGACUUCUCCCGUGCAUUCCCAGAUGCACCAAUUCGAGAGACAUACCAACCUCGCUGGGAUGGGUGGGGAAGGUUUAUGGAGCCCUUGACCUCUAGAGUUCCUAUGAUGGUGAUUGAAGGCAACCAUGAGAUAGAGCCUCAAGCUUCUGGGAUCACUUUCAAAUCAUAUCUGACACGAUUUGCUGUCCCCUCAAAAGAAUGUGGGUCCAACAGUAACUUUUAUUACUCUUUUGAUGCCGGAGGAGUACAUUUCAUCAUGUUAGGAGCAUAUGUUGAUUACAACAGUACUGGUGCUCAGUAUGCUUGGCUAAAGGAGGAUCUACAGAAAAUAGACUUGAGCAUGACCCCUUGGCUGGUAGCUGCAUGGCAUCCUCCUUGGUAUAAUAGCUAUUCAUCACACUAUCAGGAAUUUGAAUGCAUGAGGCAGGAAAUGGAAGCACUAUUGUAUCUGCAUGGCGUUGAUAUUGUAUUUUCUGGUCAUGUGCAUGCUUAUGAGCGCAUGAAUAGAGUAUAUAACUAUUCAUUGGAUCCAUGUGGACCUGUUUACAUUUCAGUUGGAGAUGGUGGAAAUAUUGAGCAAGUUGAUGUUGAACAUGCUGAUGACCCUGGAAAGUGUCCUUCAGUUGGGGACAAUUUACCAGAAUUUGGAGGAGUUUGCCAUUUGAAUUUCUCUUCUGGCCCUGCAAAAGGCAAGUUUUGCUGGGACAGGCAACCAGAGUGGAGUGCACUUAGAGAGAGCAGCUUUGGACAUGGAAUACUUGAGGUCGUGAAUUCUACAUAUGCAUUGUGGACUUGGCACAGGAAUCAAGAUAUUUACAUGGAAAACAGCCGUGGAGAUCAAAUAUAUAUAGUGCGACAGCCGCAUUUGUGCUUUACUGCUUUGAAAGAUAAAGAAAUUGAACAAUCACCAAUAAUGGCUGCUGGAGCUGGGUUUUCAGUGCCUUUUUAUAAGGGCUUUAUUUAUUCUUCUAUGUUGUUCUUUCUUUUGCUUCUUUGAAAGUUGAAUUGAGAAAUUUGGACCAAGGCUUUUUGCUGGCUAGCUAUGCCGAAUAUGCUGGCCACUCUUAACAAGCUUUCCUCCUGGAAUAGAACCAUUAACCCUUGUUGUGUUUUUGCAAGAAUUGUCUUCAAAGUAGGGACCGCUUGUUUUUUGGUUGUGAUUUUAUUAAAGCUGUUUUUUACAAAGUUAUGACUCCAAAAAUCCUGAAGACAAGCUGGGAGCUGGAAUUCAUUUGGCUGUCUUCUUUGGGAUCCUAUGAUUCUGCAGUCAUUGAUAAGCAGGCUUGAGCAGGACACUAUUUACCAUUUUGGAAGUCACGACAUGCUACAAUGUUUGAAGAAGGAAGUGCUUGUAAUUUCUGAUUCAAUUACUCAACGUAUUAUGUGUGAUGCUGAAGGUAGAUGUUAUAAUCUACAUAAGCUUGUUCCCUCCUGUAAUAUUUUCCCUUCUCCUAAUAUAUUCAUCAGAAUGAUGAUGCGUCGGUUGUAUUGUAUUAAUGAUUUUUCAGCCAUAACUCUUCACUAUCGCUAUCUGGAUAUGCAAACUUGUAUAGAUCUCUUCGGUUAGAUCUCUUCGGUUAUGAGCAUCCUCCUUUAUUUCUAGCAAAA